AUGAUUAAGAUGAUUAAGCCAGCACUUUUGUUCAUUGCAGGUCCUAAUGAGGCCUCAGACCUUUUAAACUCUGUUAUAAAGGAAAACUUUCAAGUGUUUUUUUACAAAUUCAAAUCGAAGAACCCUGAGAGUUUUUUGACCUAUUUGCAUGAAACUUUUUCAGAAAGAGUUCCUCUUGUCGCUAUAUAUGCAGGCUUUACUGCAUUUUCUCCUAUUGGUGGGCUCACAAAAUCUCUCAUCGAACAUCAAUACUUUCCGACAGAUACUCUUCAGUGUAUAACAUUGUGUUCUCGCGGGUUUGACGCGUGUGACAUUAAAUCACUCGAAGCGUAUGGUAUCAAACUUUUCAAUUACGAAGAUACAGCGACUGACAUAGGGGUUGAGCAAGGCAUAAGUAAACCAUCACUAGUCGGAAAUGAUGUCGCUGAUUGUGUUCUUUGGCAUGUAAUUGAAGGAUUUAGAAAAUUCUCUUUGCAACAACAGAACCUCCGUCAUUACAAGCAUACUGCUUUGGCCCGAUUUUGUGCUAAUGGCAGAAGUCCAGAGAAGUUUGAAGGUGCUUUUGGUCAUGAAUUGCGCACAUGCCACGCCAGAUCUCCUCGGGAUCAAAAAGCUUUGAUCCUGGGUCUGGGCGGUAUAGGAAAAAAAAUAGCAUACAAAUUACAACAUGGUUUAGGCAUGGAGGUCCACUACGCUAAGAGAAGUGCGGACAAUGAUGUAGAAUGGAGGUUUCAUGUUUUAGAUGACACCUUGCUUCCCAAACUGUCUGAAUUUUCGACAAUCGUGGUCGCUUUACCUGGUUCUCAAUUCACAAAGCAUCUAAUUGACAGAAAAUUUUUAAGCUACUGUUCCACUGACCUAAUACUGGUAAAUAUUGGCCGGGGGAUAAUUUUGGAGCAGUCUGCAAUCAAUGACGCUUUGAGAGAAAACAAAUUGAGACAUCUGGGGGUAGACGUGUUUUACGCGGAGCCAUACGUUGACGACUUCUUAUUAAGUUGUAAUGCGAAUGUUAGCUCUACACCGCACAUCGGAAGUGGCACGGAGGAAGUAUUCAAUCAGAGCUGUGAGUUUGCUCUUAACAAUAUCAUCGAGGUUGUAUUAAAGGGGAAUGAGGGCCAUUCUCGAUUAGUAUAG